GUUGUCAAUGACAGUGUUAAUAGAGGACAUGAAAACAUUAUUCAAGCUAUUCAAGACCUCAAGUCCGACAUUGAACGACAUAAACGUGACGUAAACAUGACAGAAGGAGAGUUGCCAAUGUCACCGAUGGGGCCAAAUGGUCAUUAUAAGGAACAAGAAUCAUCUUUGCCUAUGGUUCCAGAUGCACUUGAUAAAGAUCCUCCAAAUAUUGUUCAGAGGGGUCAUCAGUUACAAAUUUUUUGCUCUGGAAACGAGAACUCAAAAGACAGUAGAACAUGUUCGUAUUCCUACUCCGACGAAGCAAUUCUUAAAGAUAAUAGAGAUCACCAAAUUAACAUUGCUGAGUACGUUCAUAACCUGCCAAAUGAAAGAGUUAGAAAACAACUUGCGAAAGUUCUCAGCACGGAUGAGCCGAAUGACAGCUUAGACAUUGAGAACAUGGAUCAUUAUCUCUUUGUCGCUAAAAAUUUUAAUUUACGCAACACACUGAAAUGUUGUGAAAAUAAAUUAAUUUCUAACUUGAGCGCAGUAAAUUGUGUUGAAUAUUAUAAGCUUGCUAUUAAUUACGAGUUCAGCCAUUUACAAUCGGAGGCACUUGCACUUGCACUUAAAAAUAAUAAAUACUCCAUUAAGGGAGGCAAAUUAUGCAUUAAACAACGUGACAACUCAACUCGAGGGUCUUUGGAAAAUUCGAGAACAGAAAACUAUACAGAAUACUAUUCUCUUUUCACAAUCUGUUGUUGUGGGUCAAAACGUAUGUCUAUUACAACCAUUGUUUACGAUUCGAACUUGAGAAAUAGGUGUUAUAAAGACAUAAAAACAGGAAAUAAAAUCAGUAAACUGUUUCAAUGUUGCUGCAUUCAACGCGACGAAAACGAUCCACCAAUUAUUUAUUGGUCAUUUGGAAGUUCUGUGUAUCAGUACGACCCACUUCUGAACAAAUGCAAGCAACGAGCAUCUCUCAAAUGUAAACGAGCAAAGUUCAAUAUGAUAUCGCAUGGAAGUUGGUGUUAUGUGAUAGGAGGUGUCUAUAUGGGUCGUAAAGUCUUGGAAAUCGAAGAAUAUAACACGAAAAAAGAUGCAUGGAAGAAAGUGGCAUGCCUUCCUGGAGAUGCUUAUCCAAUAAAUUCAUCGUGUGUUGUUUAUAACGAAUUGAUUUAUGUCUUUUCCCCCAUUUCGGAUAAAAAAGAGGAAAUCAAACCAAAUGCAACUGCUGUGUAUGUCUUUCAUCCUAGCACGAAAAUAGUUAAGAAACUUUCGGAAAUCCAUUUGUCUUUCAAUCAGAUGAAAACCUGUGUUGUUGGCUCUUUUAUUUACAUUGCCUCUGACGAGAAACAUUUCAUAAGAUUCUCCCCAAUUCAGGGAUCGUACUUUUCGUUACCGGAUCAAAUUCAGGAAUGUAAAGAUUUCGGCAUGUUUACGAAAGAGAGCUCAAUUAUUCUUGCAGGGGGAUAUUUUAGGGAUAGAAAGUGCAAAGACAUUCACGUUUUUUGUACUGAUUCUGGACAUUGGACAACAUUAUCAGAAACAUUACCAGAUAACAUGGCAAUAAAUGGUGCAUGUAAACUGAAAAUUCCAAAUAGUGCCGGAACAAUUGUCCCCUUUUACGAAACAAAUCAUUUCGAAAAGCGGUGAUUAUACUUUAUUUGUAAACAUUGUAGGCUGGACUAAAUGUUCUUUAUAUUAAAUAUUUGUUUUUUUGUUAUCUCACAAAUUUAAAGCAGUAAUUUGUUCGGGAAUUUAUCUAUAUAAUAUAAUUUUAUAUUGCUUUAUGUUGAAAUGUUGGAUGUUUUUUUAUUUGUGAAAUGAUCACGGUGACAAAACUUAAAACAAACUGUGUUAUAACAAACGGUGGUACCUUUGAUUACUAUUCACACCACUGAAUCGAUGCUACUGCUGGUGGACGUUUCGUUUCCGAGAGUAUCACCAACCCAUUAGUCAGCACUUCGAUGUUGACAUGAAUAUCAUUUUUAUGAAUUUACUGUUUGCAAAAGUAUGAAUUAUUCAAAAUAGGAUUUUUUAUCCCAGGAACAGAUUACCGUACCCGUAUUUGGCACAAUAUUUUUGAAAUUUUGGGUCCCAAAUGCUGCUCUUCAACUGUUUUGGUUUCCAACUAUUUUGUUCACUAUUUUUAAAGUAUUAAGUAAAAUCACAAAAAUACUGAACUCCGAGGAAAAUUCAAUCGGCAAGUCCCUUAUCAAAUGGCAAAAUCAGAUGAAAAAACACAUCAAACGAAUGGACAACAACUGUCAUAUUCCUGACUUGAAACAGACAUUUUCAAAUGUAGAAAAUGAUGGAUUGAACCUUUUUUUAUAGCGCUAAACCUCUCGCUUGUAUGACACAAUUACAUAAAUCCAGUCUUUUAAAAAGAAAGUCAAGCAAGAUUAUGAUCCUACAAAUUAAAUCAGUUAUGACAUUCCUUUUUUUUGUGAUAUCUUUCCAACUUACACUAACACAGUGACUCAAAAAAAAAUUUUUUGUUUACAUUUUAUGCACACAAAACAGGGACCACUGCAUUGCAUCACAAGUACUCAAACACUAGUACAUUAUCUACAAGUGGGUAAGCACUUUUUUAAUUGAAUGAAAUUGAGAAAUCUAAAUAAUCAAAACAACUUAACACUUUCAAAAUUGAAAAAAAGCUAUAAGAUAAUAAAAAGUGGAACAUAGAAUAAAAACAUUUUUAACAUUUUUUUAUUCGAGCGUCACUGAUAAGUCUUUUGUAAACAAAACGCAAAAUGAUCCUGCUCCACAUGUGGUGCAAAUAUAAAAUUUCAAUCCUAGUAUCUAUGAUGAGUUUAUUUCUUAUCAAACCAACACAAACAAUACCUUUGCAAAAAUAGACUGAAAUGCACAGCACAAAGAACUAGAAUGGUAAACAGUUCAUAUUUCGCAAUAGACAUCGUUUGUUUUUCGCCUGACGACAAGUUAUAAAUCAUAUUUCAGGAUAAGUCAUGAACGGUCAAAGAAGGACAGACUUUUAAAAGAAUUUACGUCAAACAAUUGUGUAAAGACUUAACAACACAAGACUUAAAAGAUAUGAAUUGCUCAGGGUUUUAAAUAAAACAGUUAACAUGUUGAAAGUCAUACGUUUGAUAUUUGUUAUGCUUAACGUUCAAUAGCAAAACUUUCAUGCAAAUUCAGGUCGACAACAUAUAAUGAUUAGUAUUAUAUGAAGGUAAUGCAAUGAUGUUUUUUAAAAGCAGGUACAUGGAUCAUUUAUUCACGUA